CACGUCCAACUUAUCAAAUGAAACACACUACUUCAUUUCUACUUCUAUGUUUCUAUACAUUCUUAAUAAUUAGAAACGUAUCAGCUUCAAUUCAUGAGUACAAAAAUGAGCAAUUUGUUCGAAAAUCCAAUGCUUUCUUCUUCCAUGGAGGAACUGAAGGUCUUUAUGCUUCUAAAUUGUUAUCAAAUGCUUCCCCAGAUAAACCCCUUGAAGGAAAAUCAUUUAUCAGAUUUGAAGAUGUUGUAUUUUUAAGGACGAAGGAAUCUGCUAAUGCAAAAAAUGAAAUGCAGAGUCGAACUGGGUUGAUUGAAACUAUCAUUCUUGAGGUCAGCGACAGAGAAAAGAUUGGAGAUGCUUUUUCAAAGUCUAAUGCUCUGUGCUGUACUCCAAAACUUGCUCAAGAGAAGUUCUGCACUGUGGGAGAGGUUAUAAUUCGGCACAACGAAGACAAUCCACUUUGGCCAGUACGUAUUCAGACUUUUUUUGAAGGAAAGAAUCAGGAGGCAAAUAUGCUUCCCAAAUCAGUUGAAAUAAAUAGUACUGGCAUGUAUUAUCUUUAUUUCAUGUUUUGUGACCCAGAACUUAAGGGAACGAUAGUCAGAGGCAGAACAGUAUGGAAAAAUCCUGAUGGCUAUUUACCAGGGAGAAUGGUACCAUUAAUGACCUUCUACGGACUUGCUUCUUUAGCCUAUCUUGUACUUGGUCUAUUUUGGUUCCUGAGGUUUGUCCAGUUCUGGAAGGAUGUCAUACAGUUACAUUAUCAAAUUACUGCUGUUAUUGGCCUUGGCAUGUCUGAAAUGGCUCUCUGGUAUUUUGAAUAUGCAAAUCUUAAUGCCACUGGAAGCAGACCUAUGGUGAUUACAGUAUGGGCAGUCACAAUGACUGCUGUAAAGAAGACAUUGUCUCGUGUGCUUCUUUUAGUCGUUUCCAUGGGUUAUGGUGUUGUUCGGCCUACGCUUGGUGGUGUAACCUCAAAAGUGUUUCUUUUAGCCCUAACGUAUUUUAUUGCUACUGAGGCACUUGAACUUGUGGAGCACUUGGGCAGCAUCAAUGACUUCUCAAGGAAAACCAGGAUAUAUUUGGUGCUGCCUGUUGUUUUCUUGGAUGCAUCUUUUAUUUUGUGGAUAUUCUCAUCGUUAUCGAAGACAUUGGAAAAAUUACAGAUGCGGAAAAGCAUGGCAAAACUUGAUCUUUAUAGAAAGUUUACCAAUUCCCUUGCAAUUUUUGUGCUGCUCUCCAUUGCUUGGGUUGGCUAUGAGCUGUACUUCAAUGCAAGUGACCCAUUAAGUGAGCUAUGGCGAAUUUCCUGGAUUAUUCCAGCUUUCUGGAGUUUGCUUGCCUUUUCGUUGUUGGUUGUAGUAUGUAUUCUCUGGGCUCCUUCAAGUAACCCAACCAGAUACGCAUAUUCUGGGGAGACCGGAGAUGAUUAUGAUGAGGAAGCUAUCUCUCUCACAACUGGAGUGAGGGUAAUUAGUGACUCAGGGACCAAGCUUGAGAGGAAAGAAAAGAAAGGGUCUAUUUCAGCAGAUCAUGUAUCUGACCAAAGAGAAGAUCCUGAGGAGGACAAGCGCGAGUAGCAUCAUUUUUAACCCCUCAGGAAUGGUAAUUGGCUUGUACUUUCAAUACUGAUGCUCUUACAUAAUUUGGAUGACAUGUACAAAAGUGACGGUAGAGGGAUGUCAAACAUGUAUCGGAUGUAAUUAAAACUUGUACAUAAUGAAAUCUAUGUUAGGCCGAAUAUAUAUAUUCAGCUUCUACGGAUCCCUUUUCUUUUUCCUCUCAACUUAUUCCCUGGUACUACCAUAGACUUCCACGCUCUGCUGUGGCGGCACUGACCUACAAAACGGAAGUCAGCCAGACAUGAUUGAGUAAAAGUAACUGUAUGUGCA